AUGGAUAUUGACCCCGAUGAUGAAGAGAUGAUAUUGUUUUGGGUACUUACCGCUGUUGUAAUAGCAGUAGAAAAGUAUCACAAACUUUUCCUCAAAAAACAACCUUAUCGACUUGAGGGUAAUCGUGGAUGGAUUGAGACAGAGAGAAUAAUUGGUGCUUCCGACAGGACUUGUAGAGAUAUAAUAACAAUGAGUAGAAGGUCUUUUUUUACCUUAUGUCAAAGGCUACAAGAUGGUGGCCUUCUGUAUCACACGAACUCAGUUCGAGUGGAAGAACAAGUGGUCAUGUUUUUAUUUACAAUUGCCCACAAUGUUAAGAAUCGAGUUAUGAAGCUGCAUUUUGGACACUCUGGUGAGACAGUAAGUCGGUAUUUAAACAAAGUAUUACAUGCAAUUCUUAAAUUGUACCCAGUGUUACUGACCCCUCCAAGUACCACAACCCAUGAAAAAAUAUUGAAUAACCCAAUAAGCUACUACCCCUACUUCAAGGAUUGCAUUGGAGCCAUAGAUGGGUCACAUGUACCAGCUUGGGUUCCAGUUGCUGAUCAUUGUAAGUUUCGUGAUAGGAAAGGACUUAUAUCUCAAAAUAUUUUAGCUGCAUGCGAUCAUGGUAGAAGGUUUACAUACAUACUAUCUGGUUGGGAAGGAUCUGCAUCAGAUUCUAGAAUAUUAGAGGAUGCCAUUCAUAGACAGGGUGACAGCAAGUUAGUGGUACCUACAGGUAAAUUUUAUCUAGUUGAUGCUGGGUUUGCCAACAAAACUGGAUUCUUGAGACCGUAUCGUAAUGUUAGGUACCAUUUAAAGGAGUGGAAGAAUUCAAACUUGUCACCAACAAAUAAACAGGAAUUGUUUAAUCUGCGACAUUCUAAGCUACGAAGCGUUAUUGAACGGGCAUUCUCUAAUUUGAAGUUAAGGUUCAAGAUAUUGAAGGCUCAAGCGGAAUACCCAUUUAGGACUCAAGUAAAAAUUAUUCAAGCAUGUGUUCUACUUCAUAACCAUAUCCUUACACAGCACAGUAUUGAAGAAGAAGAUGAGUGGUUAGAUGCAGAUGAGAGAGCUGCAGGGCCUAGUUCUACUGUUCAACCAAACCAACAAAUUGAUGAUGAUGAUGAUGAUGAUGAAGUUGAGGAUGAUUACAGUGGGGAAGCCUUUAAUGUUGAUCAACUCAGAGAAGAAAUAGCUGACAACAUGUGGGUUGCCUGGAUGACAGGCGAUAUGGAUGAUGAAGAAACUUCUACUUCUGCUGAUGGUUAA